AUGAACGCUGCUCGUGCACCAGCGGAGGCUUUGUGGCGGUCGCUACGGCUCCCUGUAGAGACUGUCUCGCAUUUAGAGCUUACACCGCAUCCGGAUCCCGCGGUUGAUUCGACGUUCAAACUUGGUACUGCAGCACAGACGUCCAUAGGCCUCGCUGGACUUGCGGCGGCCCAUUUCCAUCAACUUCGGACCGGGGCCGAGCAGGUCGUGAGCGUGGAUGCUCGCCAUGCUGUUAUCGAGUUCAAGAGCGAGGUCUACUAUGAAAUCGAGGGACAGCCAAAGAAGACGUCAAGUAUUUUUGACGGUCUUGCGGGCGUGUACCGUACUAAGGACAACAACUAUGUCCGGAUUCACACCAACUUUCCUCACCAUAAACAGGGUAUACUAGACAUCCUUCAGUGCGCGCCGACCAGGGAGUCGGUCCAGGAAGCGCUAUUAGGCUGGAACUCAGUCGACUUCGAAACGGAAGCCUCGUCGCGGAAGAUGUGUGCCACUGCUCUGCGUUCGUUCGAGCAAUGGGAUGCACAUCCGCAUGCCAAGGCACUCACGGAUACGCCACCCGUAAUGCUACUCAAGGUUGGCGACGCGCCAAAGCGGGAGGUCAGAGGAAGCCCGACUCGUCCUCUGGAGGGGAUUCGAGUGCUGGAGUUGACUAGGGUGCUCGCAGGUCCUGUGGCGGGCAGGACGCUUGCAGCCCACGGUGCAGACGUGUUGUGGAUCACCUCACCCAACCUGCCUGCGCUGCCGAUGCUCGACGUGGAUACCUCGCGAGGAAAGCGGACAACACAGCUCGAUCUCAACGACCCUGCAGGCCGGGAGAAGUUCGCAUCCCUCGUCAAAGACACGGACGUCUUCCUGCAGUCGUACAGACCUGGCGGUUUGGCUGCAAAGGGGUUCGGGGUAGGAGAAGUCGCGAAGGCACGCCCGGGAAUUGUCUAUGCAAGCUUGACUGCUUAUGGAUGGGAAGGACCUUGGAAAGAUCGUCGCGGGUUCGACUCAUUAGUUCAAACGGCUACUGGAUAUAACGUCGCCGAAGCUGAAGCGUACGCUGCAUACACUGGCAACCACGGGCUUCGUCCGCUUCGUCCAAAGGCUCUUCCCAUGCAAGCGUUGGAUCACGCCGCAGGAUAUAUGCUCGCCUUUGGCAUUCAGGCUGCGCUGUGUCGGACCAUAACGGAGGGCGGCUCUUGGGAAGUGAGGGUCUCCCUUGCCGCGGUGGGACAAUGGAUCCGGUCCCUGGGAUGUCUGGAUCCUGCCGCCGCGUUCAGAGAUGGUCGCCCAUUACCGACUCCUUCACAAAAAGACCAAGAGGUCGCGAAGUAUUCGGCACAAGUCCGGGAAACUCGGACGUCACGUAACGAUGGAGAGCAGAAGGUGAUGAGAGCGUUGAAGCAUGCUGCGGUCUUGUCUGAGACUCCGGUGGUCGAAGGGGAAGCUCCAAUGCAUUUGGAUGCUCAUUCUCCGGAAUGGCUGACGCGCGAGUGA